AUGUCUACCUACGAUGGCUCGCGCUCGGCGCGCCAGUCCAAGCGGUACUCCAUGUCCGCGCUGUACAUGUCCAUGACAGCAAAUGAAGGAGAGAUGCAAAUUGAGGACGAUCUCGCUAAAGCCCAGAAAGCCCUGCGAGAUCUCAAGUCCAAAAUCUCCUCCCAGUCCAAGAAGAACUUUGUUCUCGAAAAGGACGUCCGUUAUCUUGAUUCGAGAAUUGCGCUGCUCAUCCAGAACCGCAUGGCGCUGGAAGAGCAAAACGAAGUCGCCAGCCAUCUUGAUGAUACCGAAAUGGAAGAAGGCGUCUUCCCCAAUGACGACAAGACGCAGAAAUACGGAAAUCUCUUGUUCCUUCUGCAGUCCGAGCCCAGACACAUUGCUCACCUGUGCCGACUCGUCUCAAUGUCGGAAAUCGAUUCGCUUCUUCAGACCGUCAUGUUCACCAUUUACGGAAACCAGUAUGAGAGCCGAGAAGAGCACUUGCUCCUUACCAUGUUCCAAUCUGUUCUCACCUAUCAAUUCGACAACACCCCCGACUACUCCUCACUGCUCCGAGCCAAUACGCCCGUCUCCCGCAUGAUGACGACCUAUACGCGAAGAGGCCCCGGUCAAAGCUUCCUCAAGAUUGCCUUGGCCGACAGAAUCAACAGCUUGAUCGAACUGCGAGACCUGGAUCUGGAAAUCAACCCCCUCAAGGUCUAUGAACGCAUGGUUGAGCAAAUCGAAGAAGAUACCGGCACGCUACCGCCAAACCUACCAAAGGGAAUCACCGCUGAGCAGGCGGCGGAGAACCCCCAAGUCCAAGCCAUCAUCGAGCCGCGGUUGACAAUGCUCAUCGAGAUUGCCAACGGCUUCUUAUCCACCAUCAUCGAAGGCCUGGAGGAGGCCCCCUAUGGCAUUCGCUGGAUCUGCAAGCAGAUCAGGAGCUUGACAAAGCGCAAGUAUCCCGACGCCAACGACCAGAUCAUCUGCACAUUGAUCGGCGGCUUCUUCUUCCUGCGCUUCAUCAACCCGGCCAUUGUGACCCCCAAGUCGUACAUGCUCAUUGACGGAACGCCCGCUGAGCGACCUCGCCGAACCCUCACCCUGAUUGCCAAGAUGCUCCAGAACUUGGCCAACAAGCCCUCGUACUCCAAGGAGCCUUACAUGGCCAAGCUCCAGCCCUUUAUCCAGCAGAAUAAGGACAGGAUCAACAAAUUCAUGCUUGACCUGUGCGAGGUUGGCGACUUUUACGAAAGUCUGGAGAUGGACAACUAUGUGGCGCUUUCAAAGAAGGACCUUGGGCUUGAGAUUACGCUCAACGAAAUCUACGCCAUGCACUCGCUCAUUGAGAAGCAUCGCAAUGAGUUGUGCAAGGAUGAGUCAUCUCACCUGUCCAUCAUUGUGUCUGAGCUGGCGUCGGCCCCUCCACAAGUGCCUCGCAAGGAGAACCGAGUCAUCAACCUUCCCCUGUUUAGCAGAUGGGAGACUGCGAUUGAUGAUUUGACCGCGGCACUGGAUAUUACACAGGAGGAAGUGUACUUUAUGGAAGCCAAGUCCAUCUUUGUGCAGAUCAUGCGAACCAUCCCCCAGAGCAGCGCCGUCUCGAGGCGGCCGCUGCGACUUGAGCGCGUCGCAGAUGCAGCUGCCACGAGCCGCAAUGACGCCGUCAUGGUGCGCAAGGGCAUCCGGGCCAUGGAGCUGCUGUCGCAGCUACAGGAACUCGGCGUCAUUGACAAGGCUGACCAGUUUGACCUGCUGAGGGACGAGGUGGAGCAGGAGCUUCAACAUUUGGGUUCGUUGAAAGACGGUGUGAUUGCCGAGACCGAGAAGCUCGAAGAAGUUUUCAAGACCAUUCGCGACCACAACGCAUACUUGGUUGGCCAGCUGGAUACAUACAAGAGCUACCUUCAUAACGUGCGAUCACAGAGCGAAGGCACUAAGCGGAAGCAGCAGAAGCAGCAGGUUCUUGGACCCUACAAGUUUACACAUCAGCAAUUGGAGAAGGAGGGCGUCAUCCAGAAGAGUAAUGUCCCGGAUAACAGGCGGGCCAACAUCUACUUCAACUUUACCAGUCCGCUACCAGGCACCUUUGUCAUUUCCUUGCACUACAAGGGCCGAAACCGAGGACUGCUCGAACUCGAUCUCAAGCUUGAUGAUCUGCUUGAGAUGCAGAAGGAUAACCAGGACGAACUGGACCUGGAAUACGUUCAAUUUAAUGUUCCCAAGGUCCUUGCAUUGCUCAACAAGAGGUUUGCUCGGAAGAAGGGAUGGUGA